AUGGAUCACUACGAACCAUCAUCAAGAAACCAACGGACGUAUCCUCAACGCGAUCGCCCACCUCCUCCGUCCUAUCACGACGCGCCUCCUCCACCUUCGGGCCCUCGCGACGUGUUCCAAUUUCGUGGCGCCGCUGCCCGCCCUCCUGCCGACAACUACAGACCCGGUCCUAGAAGAGACGGCUUCAACUUCUCUGCCGGUAACAACGCGCCAUCCUUUGGGCCUUCAGAUGAUUACCCAGGCGCUAGAAGAGCCCCUCCCAAAGACUCACGUCGCAAUGUUCAGCGUCGCGGACGUGGCGGCCGUGGUGCGCCCCGUAGAUUUGGGCCGAAGCCGGCUUACGAACGUGAUCUGAUGCGACACCAGCGCGAACCGACUCCUGAUCAACUGGAAGGCAUGAAUGAAAGCAGAGAGUCCCGCUUCAAGGUGCUCGACGAUCUCUCUGAUAGUGACAGUGAAGACGGCGACGGCGCCAUGGACAUCGAGGCCGACGCUCACCAUCCUGCUGACGCUUCCACCCAGCCUUCGUUCGUCGAUCGUGACAGCCACUCUGAUGAUUCCGAGGACGAGCAUCCCAGAGCCAAGCGUGCUCGAGUCAAGAGUAAGAGUCCCGAAACCGAACAGGCCAAACCCAAAUGGUCAAAUCCUGAUCCUUACACUGUGCUGCCUCCGCCUGGCGAGUCUGAAACGAAGAAGAAAGACGUCGUCAAGCUCAUCCGCAAAGCCAAGAUCGAUGCCGCAAAGCCUGCCGCCCCUGCUGCUCAGGGUGAGGACUUUAUCUCGCUUAACUUCGACGAUGACUUUGCCCAAGACGAUAGUGAGGNNGAUGAAGGCGGCAUUUCUCUCUCUGCUUCUACCAGGAAUGAGCCUUCUCUUCCCCACAAGCCUUCCUUCAGUCACCUAGAUCAUCUUCAUCCUGACCGCAAUACUGCUCCACCCGCUCGUAUCGAAGAGUCCAAGGGUGUCAACAUGUCAGCGCCUGUACCUCUACCACGCCUUGAUGUCUGGCCCCCACCUGCAGAUGUACACGGUGACCCUUCAGGUCGCAGCCAAUAUCAUACCGGGGUUCAGAGACAAGAAGCCAAGGACGCAGUAGCGCCAGUUCGAAAGGAGAGCAACAAGAAGCGCAAGCGUCGUGAUGAUGUGACACUUGGCGACACCAUUGAGGAAUGGAAAGCUCCUGAAGGCACUGAUCCUGCUCCCUGGUUUGCCAACAAACUUCAAGGUCACCGUGCUGAACAGUGGCUCCACAACGAGAUUCUUGACUUCUACGACUACGUCAAGCCUCGCGACUUCGAAAAUCAGGUCCGUGAGGACCUCGUCAAACGCAUCGAAAUUGCGGUCAGAAAGUCAUUCCCUGAUCUGAAUGUUCGUGCUUUCGGAUCCUUCGCUUCUGGCCUCUAUCUGCCCACCGCUGAUAUGGACCUCGUUGCCUGCUCAACUCGGUUCCUAAACGGCGGCUACGCAAACCCACAGCCGUCGAAAAGUUGGAUGUAUAAGUUUGCCAACUGCCUCAAGAGAGCUGGGAUUGCCAUUGAGUCGUCAGUGACUAUCAUCGCAGGCUCCAGAGUACCUCUGGUCAAGUUUGUCGAGAAAGUGACUGGCUUGAGGGUUGAUGUUUCGUUUGAGAAUGAUAGUGGACUUCUCGCCAACAACACUUUCCAGGUUUGGAAGGAGCGAUACCCCGCCAUGCCUAUCAUCGUAUCUCUGAUCAAGCAAUUCCUCGUCAUGAGAGAUUUCUCCGAGGUCUUCAGUGGUGGCAUUGGUGGUUAUUCGGUUAUCUGCCUGACCAUCACCAUACUCCGCGUCCUUGAGGAUCGUAAUGGCGUUGAUUGGGAUCCCAUGCAAAGCCUGGACACCGUUCUGAUGACUUUCUUUGUAUACUAUGGUAGAGAUUUCGAUGUCCAUAACCAUGGUAUCCAGAUGGAGCCAUGGAACAUCGUCACAAAGAAAUCGUGGAGAAAUGCCAAAGGCCAGCCAUCUAAGCAUGAUAGACUCCUUAUUAUCGAUCCCAACAACUACACCAACGACAUUUCCGGAGGCUCGAGUGCAGUUAUCAAAAUCUUCGAAAGAUUCGCAAACGCUUUCAGAGAGCUCAACAUCUGUAUGUCUGAUGCCGAAGACUCGCAUAAGGACAACGGCGAUGUUAUCAGCAUCCUUGAACGUGUGUGGGGUGGCAACUAUGCGCUCUUCGAAGCUCAGCGUUCCCGUCUGAGAGCUGUAUGGCAGCAGAAUAUGGCAAGGUAUGCUGCUAUGCACUCAAGAACCAGAACAUAUCAGUAA